GAUAGGGAUUGACAAUUCUACCCUGACGGCUUAAGCUUUUCCAUUUCACGCUUGUUUUUAUUCGUUUACAUAUUCAAGUUCAACAACGCAUCACCAUUCCAUCUCUCCUUCUUUCCAGUAUUCUCCUCUCAUUUUCUUUCCGAAUCAAGUUUGUUUUGAUUAUCAGCGAUGGUGUUUUAUCGGAGCGUUUCGCUUCUUUCGAAGCUAAGAAAUCGUGUUGUUCAACAGCCUAGUUUGAGUAAUUCGGUUAGGUGGCUGCAAAUCCAGACCUCUUCUGACCUUGACCUUCAUUCUCAGCUUAAGGAAUUGAUUCCAGAACAGCAGGAGCGCCUAAAAAAGAUCAAAUCAGAAUAUGGAAAAGUUCAGCUGGGUAACAUUACUGUUGAUAUGGUACUUGGUGGUAUGAGAGGAAUGACAGGUCUACUUUGGGAAACAUCCUUGCUUGACCCAGAUGAGGGAAUUCGCUUCCGGGGUCUAUCUAUCCCUGAAUGUCAGAAGGUAUUACCAGCAGCAAAGCCUGGUGGUGAGCCAUUGCCUGAGGGUCUUCUUUGGCUUCUUUUGACCGGAAAGGUACCAAAUAAAGAACAAGUGGAUGCUUUAUCCAAGGAACUGCGCAGCCGUGCCACUAUCCCAGAUCAUGUGUACAAAGCCAUCGAUGCUCUACCUGUUACAGCUCAUCCAAUGACUCAGUUUACAACUGGUGUUAUGGCUCUUCAGGUACAAAGUGAGUUUUCAAAAGCCUAUGAGAAAGGGAUCCAUAAAUCCAAAUACUGGGAGCCGACAUAUGAGGACUCACUUUCAUUGAUUGCUCAAGUGCCAGCUGUAGCUGCGUAUGUCUACCGCAGGAUGUACAAAAAUGGAGAAAGGAUACCCAUGGAUGACUCACUAGAUUACGGUGGAAAUUUUGCACACAUGCUUGGAUUCGAUGGUCCUGAAAUGCAAGAACUUAUGAGGCUCUAUGUCACCAUCCAUAGUGACCAUGAAGGUGGAAACGUUAGCGCUCAUACUGGUCAUCUUGUUGCCAGUGCCCUCUCGGACCCGUAUCUCUCGUUUGCUGCAGCUUUAAACGGUUUAGCCGGACCCCUUCAUGGUCUUGCUAACCAGGAAGUUCUGCUAUGGAUAAAGUCGGUGGUAGAUGAAUGUGGAGAGAACAUAACCAAGGACCAACUGAAGGAUUAUGUCUGGAAAACCUUAAACAGUGGCAAAGUUGUUCCUGGAUUUGGGCAUGGUGUUUUGCGAAAAACAGACCCCAGAUAUAUGUGCCAACGAGAAUUUGCAUUGAAACAUUUGCCAAACGAUCCUCUGUUCCAGCUGGUUUCAAAACUUUAUGAUGUGGUGCCUCCAAUCCUAACAGAGCUUGGAAAGGUGAAAAACCCUUGGCCAAAUGUUGACGCUCAUAGUGGUGUGUUGCUAAACUACUAUGGUUUAACUGAAGCAAGAUAUUACACUGUUCUCUUUGGCGUAUCGAGGGCAAUUGGAAUCUGUUCUCAGCUCAUAUGGGAUCGAGCUCUCGGGUUGCCAUUGGAGAGGCCGAAAAGUGUUACAAUGGAAUGGCUUGAAAACCACUGCAAGAAGUCUGCAUAACACUAUAAACCAAAAAAGAUCUUAAUUUUCAAUUUUUUUGGAAAAAAAUUAAAUAAUAAUUUGCUUGUAGAUACGCGGUGGUCGUAUGAAAAAGCAGAGGUGUUAGAACUCUGGCGAGUUUCUGUAUUUGACUAUUGAUUCUUUUACGUAGCCGGCAUCGUGUUUAUAUUGCUUGUGUGAUUGAAUGAUCAACCGUUUUAUUUUGAAUUGUACCAUUUUGGCGA